AUGAGGCUGAUCAUAACAGUUGUCAUCAUAUCAGCCUGUCAGUCGCUUCCCGCCAUUAUCAAUACCUCCAUCGCUUGUGAUAAAACGGAUUUUCUUUUGCGGAUAAGGUUCAAUGAAACCUUCACUGGACUGAUACAAACGGAGAAGGGUGAGCCAAACUGCGUCUACGUGAACGCUUCCAUCCAGAGAAGUACUGACUAUGAAGUCAAGAUUCCUCUCGUGGGAUGCGAGACGGUACAAAAUAGAGACGGGAACUACGAGAAUGAGAUAGCCGUACAGAACGGCGAUAUUUUUGACAAUAAGAAUGACAAAAGAUACCUCCUCACAUGCAUUCCUGCCAGUCCUAUAUUCAGGGACUCGCAAGUGACCGUUUCUUUUGGCGGUGUCACUAUCGAUACACAAGUGACCACAGCUAUGUCACUUGUGAAUUCUCCAAAGAUCGAGUACGAAGUAUCGGUGCGAGACGGAAACGAUCCCUCAGCACCUACAUUGCGAAGGCCAUUAUCUGUAGGAGAUCGUGUGACGUAUACUGUGCAUCUUGCUCCUUCGACUCGGGGAAGAAUUGGACGAUGCUGGGCAAGCGACGGCAAAAGCGAACUCGAGCUCAGCGAUAAUGACGGAUGCUCAAUACAACGUUCUGGAGAGGUUUGGGGGGAUUUCGAAGUAUCGCGUAACUCAAGAGGCACUACCUUUCAAAACCAUAUCAAAGCAUGGGCUUUUCCAACGAGCAAUGAAGUCAAUAUCUUCUGCAACCUGCACGUGUGCGCCGAUUGUGAGCAAGUCUCUUGCCGCAGUCGACCACGACGAGGUCAUGAUACACGGGAAGAAGCAGUGGAUACAGAAAUGACAGAAGACUUGGGUCCUCCAAUUCCGCUACGGGCUUCCUUCCGAUUACGACGGCAAAGUGACACAUCAUCGUCAACAGUUUCACCAAUGGGACUGUCUGACACCACCAGUAGCAGCUACCUUUUCGUACCAACGUUAAUAUGCUUGGGAUUUAUGUUAUGCUUAUGAGCUCAGCGAUUUAUUUGUUUUUAU